AUGUCAAACACAUCCUUUCAUCCUGUUCCUUCUUCCUCAUCUUCUCCCUCUUCCUCUACUCCUCCUACUUCGGCAACCGCCGCCGGCAAACGGCCUUACAGAAGAACCAGACCGCAUACAAGAUCACUGUCUGGGUGUUACACAUGUCGUCUACGACGCAAGAAAUGCGACGAAUACCAUCCUUUCUGUCGCAAUUGCUCCAGCCUCUCGGUGCCAUGCGAAUACGAGAGACCGGUGUGGUGGUCAAGUACCAACCAACGGAAAAUGCACAAGGAGAGCGUCAAAGAAAAGAUCAAGCAAACUAAACUUGAAGAGAAGAGCAGGAUUCUAGCAGGCCAGAAUCGCCGACACAAUUUCGCCUUGCCUUCACCAGCACUCAACGCCGACUUCAGCCGUCCUUUCGUUACCGAAAGCGGCGAUCAAUUUGGAUCCCAGUUGCCAACUCCUAGUGUUCCGCCUCAAUUGGCCAAUUAUGAGGUCGACGUUAGGACAGACCACCAGUUGUUUGUUAACGACGUUCCAGCUCGCCAUGACACGUCUUUCUCAACUUUCAACACCUUUGCGCCGCCUGAUUUUCCUCCAACUCUUCCUUCUUUCCCCCAACACGAGUUGUUCCCUCAGCUAGUGGAAGCCGGACCCUCGAACGCAGGAUACACUCUUGGUACUUAUGCGCCACCCGAGCCACAUCCGACCUUGUUGAUGCAAAUGUCAAUCCCCGUUGAAGAUGCAGAUCGCCCAUUGCUGGGUCACUUUGUCGAUAACGUCUUGCGGCAGAUCUUCCCGAUCCUUGAGGUUAAUCAGAAAGGCCUCGAACGCGCCCAAGCCAUUCUUCAUUCUCUAGAGUCAAACAAGUCUUACCUGCACUGCUGUCUGAGCGUAGCAGCGACUCACUUGAAGACAUCCGUGGGCAUGGUCGGCGACGAUGUUGACCAUAAUAUCAUGAAGCACCGAUUCGAAGCAGUGACGCAACUUUGUCAGGCACUCAAAGAGGACAAGGAACAUGAGCAAAUACUUGAGGCAACUCUCGCCAUGAUCUUGUUUCAGUGCGCCGUUGGUGCUGUCGACGAAUAUCUCCCCGACGUUGCCUGGAGUGACCAUUUCCAUGCUGCAGUCAACUUGGUGAACAAACUAGAGCUCCCAAGCACUUUCGUUCAGAGAAAUACCACAUUUGUGCAACCGCCAUUCAAUAUGACCUUGACUUCCUGGAUCGAUAUCCUGGGUGCUACUAUGCUUGGAAGAACACCUAAAUAUGCUCACGCCUAUCGUUCAAACCAUCUGAGUGGCACCCCUGCUGGUCUCCGCGAACUGAUGGGCUGUGAUGAUCGCGUGAUGUAUCUGAUUUCCGAGAUCGCUUGCCUUGAUGCAUUGAAGUCUGAAGGGGUCAUUGAUGACUUGGCAGUCUGCUCCCAUGUGACCGCCUUGGGAUCCCAACUAGAAUAUACCGAGCCCUUUGAUCAUGAGCUUGAGCAUCCUUACUCUCCUUUUAGCGGAAUUCGGCCGGAUCAGCUCACCAAGAAUAUCACCACCAUUUACCGAUUCGCCGCUCGCAUAUACCUUUGCAGUCUUGUUCCCGGGUUUGAUCGCACUCAAUCAAGCAAUGUGAAUUUGGUGGAGGCUGUUACAAAUGCCCUUCAGUUCAUCCCCAGUGGCCCUGAUGGCUUCGACAGAUCCCUUGUUUGGCCACUGCUUAUUACGGGUGCACACUCAACGCCUCACUGCUCAUUUAGGCAAGUCCUGCAUAAUCGUACCACUGAGAUGGGCGAGGAGUCCGAGUUUGGUAGUUAUGGUCGCAUGCUCCGCGUACUCGAGGAGGUUUGGCGACUUUCGGAUGACUCGUCCAGCGCCAAUGAAUCUUUGACGUCACCCACAUAUCCCGUCGACUAUCCCGUCGACUAUCAUGGCAAUCUAUUUCCUCCAACAGGCAUCGUUCCUCCCACAGGUCUAGUAUCCCCGGAAGGGAUGCCUGGAAGGAGAGGAGCCGUACAUUGGCGAGAUGUCAUGAUCCAAAAUGGGUGGAAAUAUCUUUUGAUAUAA